CUCGGUUCCGGACACCGUCCACGCAGUAGCGGGUCUUUACGGAGACCCGCCUACAGGGCGUGGCCAGAGCGCGCCCCACCCGGGAAUGCGCGUCGGUCUUUGCCCUCCGCGCCGCACCCCUGACAACCGCGCUUGACUUGGAAACAGUCCCAGGACUGGGACCGCGAAGAGAGCCGAAGACAGUCGCCAAGAGCCGCGAGUACGCCCAGAGCCGCUCCGGCAGGCCGGCCGGAAGCGGAACCGAGCCUAGCCGGAAGGAGCGAAGCCCACCUGAAGGUUGCCGAGCACCGGCGGGCGUUGAGCCCAACGGAGCCCACGUCAUGGCGGCGGACGGGACCGGUGUAGCCGGAGGAGGUGCUGUCGGCGGCUGCCUGACCAAAGACAGCUUGCAGGAUGCUAAGUGCCCGGUGCUAGUCCCCAAUCGCCGGCGCGCUUCAUCGCUGUCUCGUGACGCGCAGCGGCGAGCCUAUCAGUGGUGCCGGGAGUACCUGGGCGGGGCCUGGCGCCGAGCGCAGCCGGAGGAGCUGAGCGUUUGCCCCGUGAGCGGAGGCCUUAGCAACCUGCUCUUCCGAUGCUCGCUACCGAACCACCUGCCCAGUGUGGGCGAGGAGCCCCGCGAGGUUCUGCUACGACUGUAUGGGGCCAUCCUGCAGGGUGUAGACUCCUUGGUAUUGGAAAGUGUGAUGUUCGCCAUUCUUGCCGAGAGGUCACUAGGGCCCCAGCUUUAUGGAGUGUUUCCAGAGGGCCGCCUGGAACAGUACCUCCCAAGCCGACCAUUGAAAACUCGAGAGCUCCAGGACCCAGUGUUGUCGGGAGCCAUUGCAACAAAGAUGGCCCGUUUCCAUGGUAUGGAGAUGCCCUUCACUAAGGAGCCCCACUGGUUGUUUGGGACCAUGGAGCGGUACCUAAAACAGAUCCAGGACCUGCCAUCCACGGGCCUCCCCCAGAUGAACCUGCUGGAGAUAUACAACCUGAAGGAUGAGAUGGGCAAACUCAGGAAAUUGCUAGAGGCUACCCCAUCACCAGUGGUCUUCUGCCACAAUGACAUCCAGGAAGGGAACAUCUUACUGCUCUCCAAGCCAGAAAAUGGUGACAGCCUCAUGCUGGUUGAUUUUGAGUACAGUAGUUACAACUACAGGGGCUUUGACAUUGGGAAUCAUUUUUGUGAGUGGGUUUAUGAUUAUACCCACGAGGAGUGGCCUUUCUACAAAGCGAGACCCACAGACUACCCCACUAGAGGACAGCAGCUCCAUUUUAUUCGCCAUUAUCUGGCAGAGGUUCAGAAAGGUCAGAGCCUCUCUGAAGAGCAGAAGAAACUGGAGGAAGAUUUGCUGACAGAGGCCAAUCGGUACGCUCUGGCCUCUCAUUUUUUCUGGGGUCUGUGGUCCAUCCUCCAGGCAUCCAUGUCCACCAUAGAGUUUGGCUACUUGGAGUACGCCCAGUCUCGGUUCCAGUUUUACUUCCAGCAGAAGGGACAGCUGACCAGUCUCCACCCAUCAUCUUGACAAUCCAACCCCACCUCAGAUUUCUCCUGAAGACUCCAGGGCAGGACCUUGGAGGGAGGGCCAAAGAGCAGGAGACCCCAGAGACUGGGCUGUGCCCCUUAAGUGAGACUGUUGUUAAAACAGCUGACCUCGGCCCUCCUGCUUGAGUGGGCAUGUGGAAUCCCUGGGGCUGUGUACUUAAAUAAAUGAACUGCUUCAGAAAUAUGCAAACUGAGGGAUACAGAUUUAA